AUGGGGGUCACAGCCGGGCCAGCACAGCCCUGCGGCGAGACCACAUCGCUCACUGCCAAAGCUCGGUUUACCCAGCAGCGCCACUGUGCCGGCACCGGCACCAGCGCCGGCAGCACGGGGAGCCCUGAGCACUGCCCAGACGCGGGCACCCCCUGCUCUUCCCCUUGCGCCCCCGUGUUCCCUCCGACGGCUUCUGUCAACGGCCCCGCGGCCACCACUGCCACCACAACUGCCACCGGCACCACCACGAGCACCCACCGCUGCCCCUGCUCGCCAGAACAGGCAGCACCGGCGCCCCCAGCCCAGGCCGCUCUGUCUCCCUUUGCGGCCACCCGGCGCAUCGGGCACCCCUACCAGAACCGCACGCCGCCCAAGCGGAAGAAGCCGCGUACCUCCUUCAGCCGGGUGCAGAUCUGUGAGCUGGAGAAGCGCUUCCACCGCCAGAAGUAUCUGGCCUCGGCUGAGAGAGCCACCCUGGCCAAGGCCCUCAAAAUGACGGAUGCCCAGGUCAAGACCUGGUUCCAGAACCGCCGCACCAAGUGGAGGAGGCAGACGGCAGAGGAGCGCGAGGCGGAGCGGCAGCAGGCAAACCGCCUGAUGCUGCACCUGCAGCAAGAGGCCUUCCAGAAGAGCCUGAACCAGCCACUGCCCCAGGACCCCCUCUGCAUGCACAACUCCUCCCUCUACGCCCUGCAGAACCUCCAGCCCUGGGCUGAGGACAACAAGGAGCGGGUGGCGGAGCUGGAGCGGGAGAUCUGUGCAGCGGAGGCGGAGAUGUGCCGGUGUCUGCGGGAGUACCCGGCGCUGCUGCGGCUGCGGAUGGCGCUGGAGGCCGAGAUCGCCGCGUACCGGGAGAUGCUGGAGAGUGAAGAGCUGCGCCUGGGCUGCCUGGCCCCACCGUGACGGGACCCCCUGCCCCGCUGAGGGACCCCGGCAAAACCCCUAGAUCCCCGGAAUCCUCAGGGUCUCCUGAGCCCCCGCUCACCUGCCCACUGGACCCUCUGGACCCCUCUGGACUCCCGGAGUCACGGUCCUUCUAGGUCCUCCCCGGACUCCCCAGACUCCUGCCCUGGGAGACCCCGGCCCCCCCAAGAGGACAGUGCCUGUGGGGCCCCACACUCUCACCAGCCUCUCCGGAG